CAUUUGUUUAAGGGGGCUAAUCCAAUAACGAUAAACAGAAACAAGGCGGUGUUUCGGUGAAAGGUGAUAUAAGCAAAGCAAAGCAUUGUUAAGAAUCCACGUCAACGUCGUCAACCCGAACUCCGUUUAUUAGUUUAAUCAACGUUGUUGUUCUUCUUCUUUAUCAAACUCGGGAACACAAUUACGAUUAGAGGGAGGGAAUUAAGGUUUAGGAGGAGGGACAAGACACGAACCCGACCCGUGGGCUCGGUCUCACAGCCAUUCCUCUUUGUUUUUUUCCGUACACGGAAGGACGCACUUGAAUAAUCCGCUGUGGUUUUGGUCCUGUAAACGUAUUAAACGCAGCGAAAAGGGACCACGGGACCCCAGGUUUGAGUUGCGAUCAAGAAUCGGAACGCACCGUUUUGUAUGGUGGUGGUGGUGGUAUUAUGGCGGAGGAAGACACGGAGAGUCGGUGUAGCAUACCUGCGGGUUUUUCGCCGGCUUUGACCCGAAAGCAGAAACUGAAAGUGAAUAUCUACAAUGAAAUUCUGGUCCGGCUUAAGGACUCGGAUGUCGCGGAGGCCCAACAGCCCGGUUUCGAAGAUGAACUCUGGGCUCAUUUCAAUCGCCUCCCAACUAGGUAUGCUUUGGAUGUGAAUGUGGAGAGGGCACAAGAUGUUCUCAUGCAUAAAAGACUAUUGCAUGUGGCACAUGACCCUGCCACUAGACCUGCAGUCGAAGUCCGUCUUGUGCAGGUUCAUUCUUCUUCUAAUUUAAGCUCAUCCAGAAAAGAAGAUACUCAGUGUUCUGGUUUUGCUGGCAAACAGAGUCAUCCACCACCAGCUUUUGGUUUGUCAGAAGACCUUGAACUUGCUCUUGAAGCCAAGAAGUUACAAGUUCAACAUGGGAAUACCACUGUGAAUGCCUUUUCAAGGCCGAUGCAUGAAAUUACAAUUUCAACUAAUGACAAGCCCAAACUCCUUAGUGAGUUGACAUCCUUAUUAUCUGACAUCGGACUGAACAUUCAAGAAGCACAUGCUUUUUCUACAACAGAUGGCUACUCCUUGGAUGUCUUUGUCGUUGAUGGUUGGGAAUGUGAGGAAACUGAACGGCUUAGACAGGCACUGGCAAAAGAAAUACUAUGGAGUGAGAAUCCUUGCUUGGAUUAUAAUGUCAUCUCCCCUGUUCUGGGGCAAGACACUGGAAUGAAGGUCAUUGGUGAUCAUGUAAGCACAUCCAGUGAAGAAAAAGAUAUCUGGGAAAUUGAAGCAAGCCUAUUGACAUAUGAAAGGAAAAUUGCUUCUGGAUCAAAUGGUGAUUUAUAUCAAGGUACUUUCUGUGGUCAAGAUGUGGCCAUUAAAGUUCUUAGCACUGAGCGCCUAAAUGAAACCAUGAGGGAGUUUACCCAAGAAGUCUGUAUCAUGAGAAAAGUUCGGCACAAGAAUGUCGUUCAAUUCAUUGGGGCUUGCACUAAACCUCCUAACCUUUGCAUAGUUACUGAAUUUUUGUCUGGUGGAAGCAUGUACGACUUUCUCCAUAAGCAAAAGGGUUCUUUUUCACUUCAGUCCUUGCUCAAAGUUGCAGUUGAUAUUUCCAGGGGAAUGAAAUACUUGCACCAAAAUAAUAUAAUGCACAGGGACUUGAAAGCUGCUAAUCUUUUGAUGGAUGGAAAUGGAGUUGUGAAAGUAGCUGAUUUUGGGAUUGCUAGAGUACAGGCACAAUCUGGUGUUAUGACUGCAGAAACUGGCACCUACCGUUGGAUGGCUCCAGAGGUCAUAGAACAUAAACCGUAUGAUCACAAAGCCGAUGUUUUUAGCUUUGGGGUUAUUCUGUGGGAGCUUCUUACAGGAAAGCUUCCCUAUGAGAACUUAACUCCACUACAAGCAGCACUCGGCGUUGUCAAGAAGGGUCUGAGGCCUACGAUUCCAAAGCACACUAACCCCAUGCUAGUGGAGUUAAUGGAGAGUUGCUGGCAGCAAGAUGCAUCAUUGAGACCUGAGUUCUCAGAGAUUGUAAAUAUGUUGCGACAAAUGGCUAGGAGGGUUGCGGAUGAAAGGGAGGAUCGACGAAAGGGAAAAUCAGCAAAAGUAGUACCUACUCUUAGGCAUGGCAGUGCCGAAUGAGGAUAUGUGCUCCAUUGGAGUUGUGCUCUAUUAAUGUAACUAAUGAUGAGACACUUCAUUAGGGAUUAACCACCUUUGUUGUUAAUGCUAACCACCUUCUAGAUGCUUGUUAAUAUUGUUCAUCUCCCGAAUGAAAAUACAAACUGAACAUCAAUCGAUAGACAGAGAUUCUACACGA